AUUUCUAUUGAAUCAGAUUUAUUCAUCAAUAAUUUACAUGUUAUUUUUACGCAUUUAGUUAUUAAAUUCCUCUAUUUACUUUAGUUAUUAAGUACUAUUAAAGUAAUUUAGAUCAAAUAAAGCUAUCCAUUAAGAAUUGUUGUGUUUCUCUAAGGUUUCCCUCGUUAAUUUCUGCAAUCGUUUUAGUAAUUCUUUUAUAAAAACUUAUUAUAAUGACGGAAAGUUCGGUAGAUGAUGGGGAUUUCAAGCGCAAAGACUUUAUUUGCGGUGUUGUUGAAGGCUUUUACGGUCGACCGUGGACGACUGAGCAAAGAAAAGAUCUAUUUAUAAAGCUAAAGAAAUGGGGUCUAGAUAUGUAUGUAUACGCUCCAAAAGACGACUACAAGCAUCGCGCGUACUGGCGAGAGUUAUACACGGUGGAGGAGGCUGAGCACCUCACGUCUCUGAUCUCGGAGGCCAAGUCGCAUGGUAUUACCUUCUGCUAUGCACUGUCACCGGGUUUAGAUAUCACGUAUAGCAGUCAGAAGGAGAUUACGAUAUUGAAACGGAAAUUGGAACAGGUUUCACAAUUUGGAUGUACCUGCUUCUCUCUGCUAUUUGAUGAUAUUGAACCGGAAAUGAGUGAAGCCGAUAAGCAAAUAUUCCAGAGCUUUGCUCAUGCACAGGUAUCAGUAACAAAUGAGAUACACCAGCACCUCGGCUGUCCCCGCUUCCUGCUCUGCCCCACGCAGUACUGCUCCACUAGAGCUGUACCCACUGUGAAUAGCUCGGAAUAUCUCAACACCUUGGGCACUAAGCUGUCCCAGGAGAUUGAUAUUAUGUGGACUGGACCUAAAGUAAUAUCAAAAACGUUGACAACAGAAUGCAUUGAAGAAAUAACACAAGUAUUGAGAAGACCCCCGGUCAUAUGGGAUAAUCUGCAUGCCAAUGAUUAUGAUCAAAAGAGAAUAUUUCUGGGUCCCUACUGCGGUAGAUCGCCAGAACUGAUCCCUCUGUUACGAGGGGUGUUAACGAAUCCAAAUUGUGAAUACAACGCGAACAUGAUAGCGAUACGAACUCUUGCGCAUUGGGCAAGCUGCAGAAUGGAUGCGCCGGCGCAUAAUGAAGCUGUGUCCUGGGACAUAAAAUUGGAGCGCGAAGGUGACCAGGGUGUGUGUGAAGAUGAAGUGCCUCUGGCACUUGGCAAGCAUGUGUAUCAUCAUCGCCAGGCAUUAAGCCAAGCGAUAAAUGAGUGGCUUCCAGAGUUCUCCAUACCAAAGACAUCUCAGGGGCCAGUUAUAAAGCCGCAGCCUACAGAGGCAGCGAUCAUCCCCAUAGUGCCGUCGGUGAACACUUGCAUGUCGCUGGUGGGCACGACCAGUACUACCACUGUGAGCGUGGCGCAGAUACCGACCGUCACCACCACGCACCUGCAGGCGCUGCCCGACAUGUGCGCGCAGCAACCGCCCACGAUGUCAACAUCCGAAAACUUCAACCCCGUGUCCAACCCGGUCAUGAACUCCCUCGUAUCCCCGACGAAAGUCAUCCUCAACGAGUCCAUCCCCAACCCGAUCAUCCCCAUGGCGAAUUCCAACAUCGCUGUACCAUCGGAGAUUCCAAUCUCGACCUUACCCGUACCGAUAUUAGGUCUAAAACCACUUGAAGAGAAGAUAGAUGAAGCUAUGGAGAAGAUAGAUGGUCACGAUACGCUGUCGAAUGAUAGCGUGUUGGAAACAAGCUUUAUGGAUGUUAGGAAAGAAGAGGAUCAAAUUAUUGUUGAUGAUGAUGAACAGAGGAAUGGGGAUAUGAGUGUUGGUGACACACCCCAAACGUUGUCUCCCAGUCGGCCGGUAGAGCCCCUGGAUGUGGACCCCCCCUCAACAGCGGCUGACUCCGAUGUGGUCAUGAAUGAGCCAUAUAGCGAGAACGGUUCAAUGCAAGUGGAGCCAUGCAAUAGUCCACUGAGUGCCGACAUGAUGGUAGAGCCCGUGGAAGUGUCUGAUGAGGCAUUAGAGCAAUCAGCAAACGCGCUAACAGCAGACGAUCUACUUCUCCUCUGCGAUCUAUUCUACCUGCCGUUCGAGCACGGGUCCCGCGGGUUGCGGCUGCUGCACGACUUCCACUGGCUCACUGCACACGCGGCCAGCAUCCUGCCCAGGGGCAGCAAGCCCGAGACUAGCGAAUGGCGUCGUCGUCUCCGCCGCUUCUCGUGGUGGGCACACCGCUGUCGACGUUUAGCUCGUCGCUUAGCUGUAGCUGCUAAUAAAGAGCUACAUGCUGAGUUACGGCCCUACGUGUGGGACCUGUGCGCCGUGCUUGCGCUGCUGGCGGCCUUCCUCAAGUGGCUCGAGCUCGGCAAAUUUCCGGCAAAUAUAGCUACAAAUAUGCAAGGAAGUUAUACAUGGUUCUCGAAGGGCUGGCGGGAGGCGUUCGAGAGCGGUGCACAGGAGCCGUGGGUGUUCCGCGGCGGGCUGGCGGCGGACCUGCGGCGGCUCGUGCCGCUGGACUGCGGGCCCGACCUGCGCCACGCGCUGCCGCACCCCGCGCCGCCGCCGCUCUGCACGCUGCCGCACGCCGUCAGACCCUACGCAGCGAGGGACGAGCUGCCGGUAUGUACGAUAUGUCAUAAAACAUGUCGCGACGGUGCGGACUGCAGCGAUCUGUUCCCGAGUGACUUGCAGAGUUUGCCUGCUGAUAGGUUAGUGAUGCCGUUCCUAACACUCACACCGGAGUUAUGCAUGGUGAUAGAAGAUGAUGGUGAUUGCUUCACGGAUGAUGCGACUGAAGUUGAUGAUGAUUCGGAAGGUGAUAAGCCGGAUGGUGAAGUUAAAGUUAAUGGAGUAAAACCAGAAAUAAUAGGCUACGCUUGCGCGGCCCUAAAUAGCAAAGAGUUUUACAAGAAACAGGAGAUCGCGUGGAUACCGGAGAUGUGUAUCAAGUAUCCAGAGGAGCUGGUGCAGAGGGAGGAUCUGAGUCAGGCUGCUAAGGAGUGCAUCAGCCACUUCCACCAGUUCGGCUCGCUGGAGCGGGCUCCCGCAGCAGUGUCGGCCGCGCACCCCGCGCUGCUCACGUGCUGCGUGCUGCCCGCGCCGCGCGACCCGCACGCGCCCGCGCGCCUGCUCACCUGCCUGCUGGCCGCGCUACGGGCCAACGGUGCAAGCGGCGUACACGCAUGCAUCAACUCAACAGAUCACUAUCUGCAGCAGUUCUACAACAAGCUAGGCUUUGUCGAGCUAGCUCGCGACGGUACUCGCGUCUAUCUAGCUAGGUCCUUCUAGCGCUUACAUAAUAACUACCUAGGUCCGAUAUAGGACGGAUCUAGGAUAAAAAACAAAAUUCUAGAUCUAAAUAGCAUUAACGUACGGUAAAUAACUUGACUCAAAACUGAAAGUGUCCGAAACUAAACUCUGCCUAAGUAUGUAUUAGGUUUUCUUGAGCGAUACAAUAGACUUUGAACGUUAUUAACAUGAACUAAGGUGCUGAUUUUUUUAAUGUUUUAUACAACGCGGUACAGAUGUUGUAGUUUUCUAAUGAGUGAUGCAAUAGACCUUGAACCAUACUGCUACGAGAUAAAGUUGUAAUUUCAAUGAAUGUUUUAUAGAACUGAUCUUCUUUAAUAGGCGAGUGUGACUAGUUGUUUAUAAUACGUUAAUGCUAUAUGGAGAUGACCAAGUAAUAAAAAUAAAUGUGUGCGUGUACUAGUGUACACACGUAAGAAGUGAAACUUCUUUAUGACCUUAUUUUUCAAAAAAUAAUUUACUAUUAUGCAACUUUACAGAAAUACGUACUCA